AUGCUUUCAGCCACCGAAAGAGAAGAAACCGAUCAAGAAGUCGCAGCUUUUAUGGCCGAGUUUGACCACAUGUUUGGAGACCACAAUGAAGGUAUCUUGAAUGAUGAUGCUUCAAAGAGUGGCACUUCAAGCGACGACACCUCAGCAAAUGAAACAAACACUCAAGGCACAAAGAAAGGCACACAGGAGGAUGCUUCUUUCGAAAAGUCGUCAGUCAGACGCGACAGAUUCGCGCACUUGAGCCCGGAGCUCGCCUCCCACGCCAGAGCAAUCGAACGCUACAAUUUUCUGAAGAGUCACUGUCCCUGGAGCCAGGAUGAAGCAUUUCUGAACAUGAUGUGUUCGCUGCACAAUCACCCACAGACAAUGGGUCUCCCACCUAGUUCAACUGAGCCUUUGGCCGAUGAGUCACCCGAGAAAGAUGAAGGGACAAGUCUGCGGGAGAGUCAGACCGAUGUCCAUGCUGAGACCAAGUAGACUUUAGGACAUAUCCGUGGAGGGAUGCUUUGCAGUAGGAGAGAAAUGAGGAGGAAUCAUGAGGGCAGCAGUCGAGUUACGGGAGAAACUGAGUUGUGUGCUCAGUUUAAAGUUUCUUGGUUAGAUUAUAGACAAGACGUCACUCCC